GGGGGCGCCGACGGCAGCCGGGCCGGGGCCGGGGCCGGGGCCGGGGCCGAGCUCGAGGCCAACCCCUUCUACGACCGCUACCGCGACAAGAUCCAGCAACUGCGAAGGUCUGACCCAGCUGCUUUUGAGUUCCGACUGGAGAAGCGGAGUGAGUUUCGGAAGCAGCCAGUGGGACAUUCCAGGCAAGGUGACUUUAUCAGAUGUGUGGAAGAGAAGACAGACACUUUGGGGAAACAGCCUGUGAGCAGAGGAUUCACUAAGGACAAGACUCUCAGUUCAAUCUUUAACAUUGAGAUGGUAAAAGACAAAACUGCAGAAGAAAUAAAACAGAUUUGGCAGCAGUAUUUUGCAGCAAAAGAUACAGUCUAUGCGGUUAUUCCUCAAGAGAAGUUUGAUUUGAUCUGGAACCGGGCUCAGUCCUGUCCAACAUUUCUUUGUGCACUACCAAGAAGGGAAGGUUAUGAGUUCUUUGUUGGACAGUGGACAGGUACUGAACUCCACUUCACUGCACUUAUAAAUAUUCAGACCCGAGGGGAUGCUGCAGCCAGUCAGCUGAUUUUAUAUCACUACCCUGAACUUAAGGAAGAAAAGGGCAUAGUGCUGAUGACUGCAGAAAGGGAUUCCACAUUUCUGAACGUUGCUGAGGCACAGUGCAUUGCCAACCAAGUUCAGCUCUUCUAUGCCACUGAUCGGAAAGAGACCUACGGGUUAGUGGAGACCUUUAACUUCAGACCAAAUGAGUUCAAAUAUAUGUCUGUCAUCGCUGAAUUGGAGCAAAGCGGACUUGGAGCAGAACUGAAAUGUGUGCAGAACCAGGAUAAGACUUAGAGCUGUAAGGGUUGGCUUACAGAGUCUGCUCUAGAGCCCACCGUCUAGAGCCCACCCACCCGCUUGAACUCUCGGGAGCUCAGCAUCUUUAAUAAGCAGUCUCUAAUGAGUUGCCCUAUAUGCUUAUUAUAAGAAGUAAUAUGGAGGUGAGCCCUAUUACUUGAUAUUCAGGAAUGAAGGUACCCAAACAUUCUGAUAAUUAUCUCCCAGUAUACUUGAGUUUUCAUUUUUAAGUGUUUGAGAUCAUAACCAGAGACAGCUAAGGAUCUGCAAGGUGGUUGACUUGAUUUUACACGGUGUUAACAGUGUGUUUUCAUUUUGACAGUUUUGACUGCACAGCUCCCAAAUGGUUAGUUCCUCAUCUUUAUAAACUCUUGAUGGGAUAAUAAGCUUGAAGACCUGCUGUAGUUAGAUGUGGGCUUUACAUCCUCUUCCCAUGCACCACUUGGCUGGCCAAAGCAUAACCCAAAUAUCCUGUUCAGACUCUAGAACAACCAGAUAUUGCCAUCAGGAUUAAGACUUCAUCUAGAUGCCCCAGAGUUGCCUCUAGUGUAGCUGGUUUGGAGUAUCAGUAGAUUUCAGAUGUAGUUAAACACACAGGUACAGUGCCUGCAUAUUUUUAAACCAUAGUUUGUGGUACCUGCUCCUCUAACUCUGCCUGUUAGAAGCUAUGUAUUUGGAAGGUGUAAAUCAGUGCAGUGUAAAUAAAUCAACACUUUUGUAAGGAGAGGAUCAACCCAGAUUUGCAUGUUUGUUUGUUUGAAACAACUCUAAGCCGUGCCAGUAUUAUGUGAAAAAGUGAGUGGAAGCAAAUGUUCCCAGAUUGGGUGUGGAGAAAAUGUAGCAAUAAAAUAAAGUCUGGCUUACAAUCUUUGUUAUGCUAAAUAGUGAAAUCUAAGCUCUAUGCUGUCCAUGGUGUCAGUGCUGUGGGCUGAUUGGAUCAAAACUCAUCUUUGGACUCAGCA